AUGAGUGAACAAUAUGUUACCAUUACAGAGGAGAACGGAAAUGAAGCGCUUGUUUCAUUGACAGAAGCAAUAGAUAAAUUGCCAACCCACUUGUCGUUUUUUAUACAUAUUCCUCGGGAAACACAGGUUAAGAGAUAUAUUAGAGCACUAGCUGUGCAUGCGGAUGUUUAUGGUGAGGUGUCGAGAAUUUAUUGUUCACCACCAUCAACUCAAAUACAAGAUGCCUCUUCGUUUAUCAAAGUAUUAUGCUUUUCGAGGAGCAGGAGAAAGAUUAAAACCUUUUUAAUGUUGUUGUAUAAUAGCUGGAUAGCUGAUUACCCCAUUGAAUUCUGUGUCAAAGAACCUGCAACCUUUGGUCAUCACAGAUUUAACAUUGUCAAAGAAAGCAGACAGGAUAAUUCUGUCACAUUAACAGAAGAUGUAAUUACUAUACCAAGUAUUGAACAGAUCCAUUCCUGUAAUGAUAAACCUCUUUCGUUUUAUAAAAGAAUUUGGGGUGGUAAGGGCAAUAUUUCAAGGCAUUCAUCUUGGGAAGCCAUUAAAAGAUAUACUUCAAAUGUUGAAGCACUCCUAGACUAUCUUUCAGAACCACUAACCUCCUCUUCAGAGGGUCUUUCUGAAUCAAGCAAAGAAUUUAAAUAUACAAAAACGAAACGAAAACGAAAAGAGCGUGCCCAAAACAACACAUCAAUAAGGGUUGCAAGUCUUGAGUCAAAAUUACAAUUAAUGAAAUUACAACUAGAAGAGCAAACCAAAGUUGAGGGGACUUUGCAAAGGGCAACAAGUUUUUUAGAAAUUUCUGAAUUCAAACUUGAUAAAAGCAAACCAAAAUCGUGGAGAAGGGAACAAAUGAGAAUGGUUUUGAUAGACUAUGAUGUAGGAGUUGGGAUCAAUGAGGAAGACCUUCAGUCAAAAAUGGUUUGUGGAUAUGAUUUGGAAAAUGUUGUGGAUGCCUUAAUAUCCUUUAAAGGAGAAAAAGAAGAAAAAAUUGAACAUGCAUGUAAACAAAUACAAGGAAUCGAUAGUAAUGUUGUAAAUGCCAUUGUGAGAUGGGCUUACAGGAAUUUAACAGAAACCAAAUAA